UCCAGGACGUGAGUUUACGCUGAAAUUCAUUUUACAUCAACAGCAUCAUAUUUACAUGACUUUUUUCGUUUAAAAAGUUGAAGGAGAGGGGGGGGGGAAUGAUGUUGAAAAGCAGCCCGAAUCAAACCAGGCCAGUUGUAAAGCACAAGAUUCGAAUGCAACUGCCAAUCAAAUAAUAAAAACGAACGACUUGAUUUCAUGGUCAUUACAAAUCGCGCGAGGCAUGGAAUUCUUGGCCAGCAAAAAGGUAUUGCACGGCGACUUGGCCGCCCGCAAUGUCCUUUUGGCCGAUCACGGAUUCGUCAAAGUGGCCGAUUUCGGAAUGUCAAGACAAAUGAAAAAUUGCGAUUACCAGAAAAAAGGAGAUUCUGAGUUGUUGCCAAUCAAGUGGAUGGACAUCGAGUCCCUGAUGACGAAUAAAAUCUUUUCCAGCCAAUCGGAUGUCUGGUCCUACGGCAUUCUCUUGUGGGAAAUCUUUUCUGUCGGCAAAGUUCCGUAACCAGGUGGGAAAUUAAAUCAAUUGAUAUUGCCAUAAAAAUGAGUGACAAGCGUUAGCUAAUUUCACUUAAUUUUACAGGAAUGAAUAAUGGUUGGGCGCUUGUAAAAGUUAAAAGACAUUCAAAACGGACACCGAAUUGAAAAACCGGAAAAUUCACCAAAUUUUUUUGGGGAAAUUAUGAAAAAAUGUUGGCAAUUAAACCCAAAAGAGAGGCCGGCAUUCUCCCAACUGGCAGAGAUGAUCGAAAAACACAUGGACUUCUUUGUCAGCUUGGAUUAUUUGAAUAUGAAUGAACCAACAGGUGAAAAUGAACAAAACGAAGAGACAAUCGAUCCUUCCUUACCCUAUCGUUUGGAAAUUAUCAAACUGUUUGACGAGGCAGCGCAUUCGUAGGCAACUGAAUUAUUGAGUCAUCUACGAUUUUGGAGUUUUAAGACAAUUGUUGAAUGGCACCUCUUUUGCACACAAAUUAAAAAAGGCGAAUUAACUCGGAAUUAACAUUUCCAAACGGAAUCCAAAUAUUUAAAUAAGGAUCUUGAAUUUCCCCUGGUAAUAAUAGCUUCCACCAAUAUUCACACAAUUCUCUAAAGGAUGCAGAUAAUACGAUGCCUGGAUUGUAUUUGCUCACGUGGAGAAACAGAACUGUUUCCACAAGACCCUUUUAUGGUAUCAUCACGCGAAUAAAUGAACUGCUAAUAACGAUGGUGGUAACGCUGGUGAUACAAUCAAUUUGAAACAUCACGAGUAUUACAAAGUUCUAUCGUUUCAGAUCAACUCGAUUCAUUCAUUCAUUACCAUGAGGAAGUUGACAGAAAAAAAAAGAAUUCAUCCAAACAAAUCGGGAAAUCGCCCAACGGAUCAGGGUGGAGAGAGGGGAAGAAAGCGAAAAAAAGGAGAAAAAUGCAUUACAAACGAUAGGCUUGUUAAUUGCUGUACAGCCACGAAACUAAAAAUAAUCCGAAAAAGCGAUAAAAACAUGAUCCCUCUAAAAUAUCCAAAAGCCUCGUUUCAUGUAAAAAUCUCUGUGAAAUACGCCUAACAAACUAACAGAAAUAUCGGCCAGUAGUUUUUCUAACAGAAAACUGACUCGACUGCUGCACAGGCCACGAACGGAUAAAAUCACAAACGAGAGGAAAAGUGUUGCUAUCAAAAUCAAAUUGAGGUAAUUAAAUCAGCGACAACAUCAAAAAUGCCUAAAAUAGAGAUUCAAGAGAUAGAUGACUUACUUCACAGGUAUUACUGUUGGUUCCUUAGCCAUGACCAGUUGCGCCAUCUCAUAUGAUGGA